GAUGGCCCCACAGACGCCGCUGCUGCUGGCAUUGCUGCUCGCCACGGCUGGCCACGCCGCCCCACUGCCUCGUGCAGGUUGCUCGGUGGACGUGAACGGGUCCAAGAUGCCUGACCCACAGCCCCUGCUGCUGAAGCCCGGCGGUAGCAAAGACGUGCACGGCUUCGUGACGCCGGACUCUUCGGGGAUGAUCUCGCUCGGCCAGAACGAGCAGAUCAUCGUCGCGUGUCCCGACAACAGCCUCCAGGUCACCGGGCAGUCGCAGGCGACGGCCUCCUGCGUCUCUGGUUCCACCUUCUCGAUCAACGGGCAGUCGUACGACUUUGCUGAUCUCAGAUGCAGGUCCCAGCCGAAGCCGUCAGGCGUGAAGACAGGCGGCUCGUGUGGCGGCAGCGGACAGUACCAGGUGGUCCAGCUGGGCUUCCAGGUCGGCUCCGACUUCUACACGCUCAUCGACGCCUGCUUCGACGAUCGGUCCUACAACACGGUGUACGACCACUUCACGAUGGUCGCCGAAAUGGGGGGCAAGCAGAGCGGCUUCGACCGGCCCGACUGGCUGGACGGCGGCUUCUACGGCAACGUCGACAUGGAUAAGCAGUACAAACGCGCCACGCAGAUCCCCAGCGAGCUGGGGUCCAAGUACAUUUCCGAGACCAACGACUACUUCCUUUCCAAGGGACACCUCACUGCUAAGGCUGAUUUCAGUCUCGGCGCGCAGGAGUACGCCACGUUCUUGUAUGUGAACGCUGCGCCGCAGUGGCAGACUGUCAAUGGUGCCAACUGGAACACCAUGGAGAACAAUGUACGUUCGUACGCUGCGAACAACCGGCUCGAGCUCGAAAUCUACACGGGUACACAAGGCAUCACGACGCUGCCCAACGUCAACAACGUCGAGACGGAGCUGUACCUUUAUGCUGAUGGCAGCAAGUACAUUCCAGUUCCGAAGAUCUUUUGGAAAAUCGUCUACAACGCUAACACUAAGGCAGCAGUUGUGUUCGUGGGCGUAAACAAUCCGUACAUCGCUAACCCCGGAUCUGACUACUAUGCAUGCACAGACAUAUGUAGCAAGAUCAGUUGGAUAUCCUGGAAGGCCACGGAUCAGGUGAAGGGCUACUCGUACUGUUGCGAGUACGCAGACUUCAAGAACUCCGUGGCCGACGCACCCAGCCUCAGCGUUAACUCUCUGCUUACCUGA